AUGAGGGGUACUGCGAUUGGCGAUGCUGCUAUAGAGGGUGCUGCUAUAGGGGGUGCUGCUAUAGAGGGUGCUGCUAUAGGGGGUGCUGCGAUUGGCGAUGCUGCUAUAGGAGGUGCUCCAAUUGGUGCCAUGGGGUUGCUGCAAGGGUUCGAGUCUGGAUUCAUACCCUCUGAACAUCAAGCAGCAGGACACGACGGAUGUAUGACACUGGACUCACUAUUCAUAAAGCCGACAACGAAGCAGGAAGUCGACUUUUAUGCUCAAACGAUAGCAGUUGAUCUAGAGACACAGAAGCAAGCUGAAAAACAAGGUGAAGAUGUAUUGUUGGGUUCAUUGUUAUCCCAUUGGAUGCCUACUUGGUAUGGAGUUUUGAAUGAAGGGGCACUAACAAACCAGUUGUCAAACCAGUCAGCUGCACUCUCAAACUCAUCUCCAAAGGUUACUUCACAACAAAAAGUCAAGGUUGAACAAAAGUUUAUAGUUUUGCAAAAUCUUUACCACAAUUAUAGACAUCCAAGUAUUCUAGACAUUAAGCUUGGAUCAAAACUUACUGAUGACGCCGUUACUUCAAAGGAAAAAGUUGAACGAUUGCAAAGAGUCUGCAACUCUACAACUAGUGGACUUUUAUCGUUCCGAAUAUGUGGAAUGAAGGUCUACAAUGGUACUAGCCAAACUAAACCGGACAAAGAACUAUUUGAAAACAUGAAUGAAAAUACUAUCAAUUUGACAAGCAAAAAGGAAAAUGUCAAACCAAGAAAUGGUUCAAUACUGCUGGAAAAACACACGUACCUCGAAUUUAACAAGUACUUUGGACGCUCCCUUGGGAAAGAAAAUAUAGUCGAUGCGAUGCUAUUAUAUUUCACAAAUACAUUGAAUCCUUCUGAAGCACUUUUUUUAGUCUCCAGAUUUCACCAAAGGCUACAGUUGCUCUAUAAUUGCUUAUUGAGCUACAAAAUACGUGUUUUUUCAGGAAGCUUAUUGUUUACUUAUGAGGGAGAUAAUCAAGUUUGGGAGCUGGUAGAUACAGAAUCAUAUGAUAGGGUUAACCCUUUAAUAUAUGAGUCAGAGAAUGAGAGCGAAGAAGAAGAAGAAGAAGAAGAAGAAGAAGAAGAAGAAGAAGAAGAAGAAGAAGAAAAAAGAGAGAAAGAUGGUGAAAAAGCAUUCAUCCACAAGUUAAAGAGAUUGAGCGGAUUACACUUUAUAGAUUUUGCUCACGCAAAACAUGUUGAAGAAGAAGCCCCUGAUGAAAAUAUUCUAAAGGGAAUCGAAAACUUGAUUGAGGUGUUCAACCAACUAAUACUUAGAUUAAAAGCAUCUCAGGUAUAG